UUACAGUUUACAGAACGUCUGUAACAUUUGCACAAUUGUUGUUUAUUUACGGAACGGGUACAAACUUUGUACAACCAACACACAAAUAAACAUAUUCAGCAGUCCAUGGAUCCAAAGCAUUUGCCGAAAUAUUACGAGUGUCUAUGUGAAUUGUACUAAAUUAUUCGAAACAACAAAACAAAUUGAGGAGUGAACUUCGCAAAUGUAAACAUGGGUAUUGAAAUUGCAAAGACUGAAGUCGCUGAUUUUGAAACAGCAGUUAUACACGCGGUGUUUUUUAGGCCAUGGCCGUUACCAGAAAUAUCUCUUGGCAAUAUGUGGAGCAAUAUAUGCGGCUUGUGCGAUCAGUACAACAACACUAUCAUUUGUAUUACCAGCGGCCGAAUGCGACUUCAAUCUAACAUCAGCAGAUAAAGGCAAAUUAAGCGCAACUCCUUUAAUUGGAAUGAUAUUUGGCUCAUACACAUGGGGAACGUUGGCUGAUUUGAAGGGAAGAAAAUGGAUCAUAAUAUCGUGUUUACUUUUAGAUGCUUUUUCGGGUUUUGCAUCUUCAUUCGUUCAAAAUUUUUAUGGUUUUUUGGCAUGCCGAUUUUUUAAUGGUUUUGGUAUAAUUGGCGCAACCAGCUUAAUAUUUAGUUAUUUGGGAGAAUUUUUAUCAAUCAAAUAUCGUGAUACCAUGCUAUGUCGCUUAGAAAUAUUUUGGACUUUUGGGAUGAUUCUAUUACCAGUCAUAGCAUGGCUUGUUAUACCAUUGACGUUCGAAAUACCAAUUUUAUCACUUAUUACAUACAAUUCAUGGCGUGCUUUUGUCGCAUUAUGUGGUUUACCAAGUUUAUUAACCGCUGCAGUUUUAUGUUUAUUUCCUGAAAGUCCACGAUUUUUAUUAAUUAAAGGUGAAGAGGAGAAAGCACAUUCAGUAUUAUCUCAUAUUUAUGCAAUCAACACAAAUAAGCAUCCGGCAGAUUAUCCCAUUUUAAGUUUACAAAGUGAACAAGAUAAUUUUUUAAAUAAUAACAGCAUUAGUAGUUUCAUUCAUACAAUUUCGAAUUAUCAUGAAUUUAGUGUUCGCUUAAAUGAUGCUUGGAUUCAAAAUCGUAGUUUGUUUAAACGUCCAUACAUCAAAUAUUUAUUUAUAACAUGUUUUGCUGAUUUUGGUUUAAUGGCCAGUUAUUAUACGUUAAUAAUGUGGUUCCCGGAUUUAUUUGAUCGUUUUGACCAAUACCAAGCAACACAUUCCGCGGAUGCAAAUGGUAUUUGUGAAGUCACAUCCGUUGCUGUGCCUACAAACGCAACAAUACUUGAUAUUUGUAAAGAACCGAUUGAUGAUAAAGUAUUUUUAUACACUUUAAUUGUUGCGUUAAGUUGUAUCCCUACAGCCAUUUCAUUAGGUUUUUGGAUGGAUAAAUUAGGCAAAAAAUAUUUAUUAAUCUUCAGUUUGAUAGCGUCUGGAUGUUCUGCAUUAGCAUUAAAUUUAAUACGUAAUGGUGUUGAAAAUUUAAUAGUGUCGUGUAUAUUUGAAGCAAUUACAAGUACAACGGAAGCUGUGAUAUUUUGUUUAGUUGUUGAUUUAUUUCCAACCCAUUUAAGGGCGGUAGCUUUAGCUUUAACUGUCACAUGUGGUCGAAUUGGUGCAAUUUUAGGGAAUAUUGUGUUUGGAAUUUUGAUCGAUUUAAAUUGUAUUGUACCAAUUUAUACGUUUGGAUGUCUUCUAAUUGCGAGUGGUUUCCUCUGUUUUAGUAUUCCAAAAACAGGGUAUACAAUCAUAUUUUAGUUUUUAAAUUAUUGAUUUUUUAUGAAUUUAUAUUUUUAUUUUAUCGUAUUUUAUCGAAAUCGAAGCCGAGUAUGAAAUUAUUUUUAUAUAUAUUUGAAGACUGUUAUCAUUCAGAUUAGCUAUUGAUGCCUUCGAAUGGCAAUAUUGUUAUAAUUUUGUUAACUUAUUAUGCAUAUCAGCUUUUAUAGUCAACAUGAAAAUGUGCGUGUACUACACUUAUCCUUUUUCUCUUAAGAAUUUUAAUAUAUGUUUUAGCCAACUUAAUGACUGGCUAAUCUUAAUGGUAACAGCCUGUAUACAUACUUAAAAUUUUAAAGUU